AUGUCUACUCGCAUAAUCUAUUUCAUGUACCACCACACCCAUCACUGCGUCAUCUCCCGAGAAAAACGCCUAGCUGUAUCCUCCGACUCUUUCACCCUGUUUCCUCUCCUACCAGCAGAACUCAGACUCAAGAUUUGGGAAGCUGUUGCUGAUGAGCCUCGAGUGGUGGAAGUCACAUGCACUCCAACAGCGUCUCACAUUCCCGAAGGACGCUGGUUCUCUCACAGCAAAGCACCAGUGAUUUUCUGCGUGUGCUCCGAGUCUCGCUACAUCGCUCUUCAGAAAUUCGAGGUCCUCAAGUUCCAUGCAGAUCAGAUCGGUAUUCCGCCCAGUAUCACGCUCUACAUCAAUUUUGCCUCAGAGUCGCUUCACCUGUGUGGAGAUUUGCAGGCAGCCUGGGCACGGGAUCUGUUGGAGAAGAAUGAGCAGCUGAAGGAGAAGCUGAGGUUUAUUUGUGUGAAGGAGAUAUUGUGGCAGGAUCUCAAUCAGGUGCACCUUACGCCUGUGUGGAAUCCUGAGAGUAACGUGGAACCGCCACUGGCUGUUCGAGGCGGAUUGAAAGCGCUGGUUGACGUCAAGUUUCACAGUGCGAUUGUUUCUAUGCCGUGA